GGAGCGCGGCUCCCGCACCGCACGCGGCGCGGGCUCGGCAGCCUCGGCCGGGCGGGCACGCCGGCCCCGUGUCCAGCACCAGGCAGGCAGGCUUCGGGGCUCGGGGCUCAGCCUUCGGCGAGGCCAGAGGUCCGGUGGGGUGCCCGCACUGGGGGGCGCCAGCGAAGGCUCCCGAGAGCCGCUGGCCCUGGGAGUCAGUGCAUGUGCCCGGCUGAAGACAGCAGCAGCCAGAAGCUCCCGGCACCCUGGCCCCACGCUCUCUGAAUACCAAGCUGCAGGCGAGCUACCCGGGGCUUUUUGCUCUCUUGCUUUUCCUCUCCUCAAAUUCAGAGUGGGCAAUCCACACCGAUUUCUUUUCAGGGAAGGGGAGAGACAGGGCCUGGGGUCCCAAGUCACACACAAGUCUUCGCUGCCAUGGGGGCCGUCAUGGGCACCUUCUCAUCCCUGCAGACCAAACAAAGGCGACCCUCUAAAGGUAAGUCAGGUUCGAGCAGUCGAGAGGGCUGUGCGAUGCCACAUUUGGCGGUGUGGGAUCCCAAGUCGCCACAACAUCGCCUGGUGGUAUUACCAGUAUCAGAGAGACAAGAUCGAGGAUGAACUAGAGAUGACCAUGGUUUGCCACCGGCCUGAGGGACUGGAACAGCUUGAGGCCCAGACGAACUUCACCAAGAGGGAGCUGCAAGUCCUUUACCGAGGAUUCAAAAAUGAGUGCCCCAGUGGCGUGGUCAAUGAAGAAACAUUCAAGCAGAUCUACGCGCAGUUUUUCCCUCAUGGAGAUGCCAGCACGUAUGCCCAUUACCUCUUCAAUGCCUUCGACACCACCCAGACAGGCUCUGUGAAGUUCGAGGACUUCGUGACGGCUCUGUCUAUUUUACUGAGAGGGACAGUCCAUGAAAAGCUAAGGUGGACAUUUAAUUUGUAUGACAUCAAUAAAGACGGCUACAUAAACAAAGAGGAGAUGAUGGACAUAGUCAAAGCCAUCUACGACAUGAUGGGGAAAUACACCUAUCCUGUGCUCAAAGAGGAUACUCCCAGGCAGCAUGUGGAUGUCUUCUUCCAGAAAAUGGAUAAAAAUAAAGAUGGCAUCGUAACUUUAGAUGAAUUUCUUGAAUCCUGUCAGGAGGAUGACAACAUCAUGAGAUCUCUACAGCUGUUCCAAAACGUUAUGUAAUGAAGGACACUCGUGAUCCUGCUCUCAGAGACACGGAACAAACACCUCAACGCCCUGAUCUGCCCUUGUUCUGAUUUUACACACCAACUCUUGGGACAGAAAUACCUUUUACACUUUGGAAGAAUUCUCUGCUGAAGACUUUCUACAAAACCUGGUAUCGCGUGGCUCAGUCUCUGAUUGCCAACUCGUUCUCCUUCCUCCUCUUGAGAGAGACGAGAUGAAACCUGAGUUUGUUUCAGAAGCAUGCCCAUCUCUUCAUGCUGCUGCCCUGUGGAAGGCCCCUCUGCUCGAGCUUAAACAGUAGUGCACAAUUUUAUGCUUACAUGUCCCCGACUCACUGCCUCCAAGUCAGGCAGACCCAGAGGAAUCUGGAAGCCAGAGGACCUGAGCCAAAUGUCCACCAUCCUCCGGUGGCUUCCCAAGCCAACGUGCCUGUUUCUCUUCCUCUGGUGGGAAGAAAGAGUGUUAUGCAGAACAAUUAGAGUUUAUUGUGACAAGAUUGGGAGAAGGCAGCACCUAACACAUGUAGAAUAGGACAGAAUUAUCAAGCAUGGUGUCAUCAGAUGACCCAAACUGCUCAUGUCUUUUGUUUCCAGAGGUGGAGAGUAAUAAUUCUCCCACACUAGCAUCCGUGCUCAUAGAACAAGUCUCUUAACACGCCUGGGAGGGGAACCAUGGCCCAGUGGUCUGGCCCUUCUCUCCAUUCAUCCCCUGCUCAAGCUCACACUGCAUGUCCCUCCCAGAACGUCCAGAAUGCCUGUGAAAUGCUGUACUUUUAUACCCUGUUCUAAUCA